AUGGCCGGUCCCAAAUACCAGAACGUUCCUCAGCGCGACUCGUUCGAGGAGUCGUCGCCCUCCCAGGCGCCACCGACCUACCAGGCAGAAGAUCCCCAGCAAGCUCUGCUGCGAGGAGUCCCUCGAGGCGAAAAUGACAACCUGCCGGAUGACUUCAAAUUCGGUGGCGUAGUAGCUGAGGCCACACUCGAUAUCCGCAUGGCCUUCAUCAGGAAGGUGUACGCCAUUUUGACCGUCCAGCUUAUCGCAACUGCCGGUGUCAGCGCACUCUCCAUGACCUCUGUCACAUACCGGAACUGGAUCCAGGCAAACCAGUGGAUGAUGUGGGUGUCGCUCAUUGGUACCUUUGUCUUCCUUGGCCUCACCUUCUGGAAGCGCAAGUCGUACCCCAUGAACCUGGCAUUUCUCGCUGGUUUCACUGCCAUGGAGGCUUACUCGGUCUCCGUCAUUGUCUCCAUGUAUGAAUCCAGGAUUGUCCUCACUGCGCUUGCGUUCACAGUGGGCAUAUUCAUUGCUCUGAGCCUGUUUGCUUGCCAGAGCAAGUACGACUUCACGCACUGGGCUCCAUACCUCUUUGGUGGCAUCUGGAUCCUGAUUUUGUUUGGCUUCAUGGCUGCGUUCUUCCCAUACAACAGCAAGGUCGAGCUUGGCUACGGCAUUGUCUCGGCUCUCAUCUUCUCCGGAUACAUCUUGAUUGACACUCAGCUAAUUAUGCGCCACUACCACGUCGAGGAGGAGAUUGCUGCUGCUAUUUCGCUUUACCUCGACGUCAUCAACCUGUUCCUAUCCAUUUUGAGGAUCUUGAACUCGCAGAAUCAGCAGUAA